UACCACAGAAACCAUUUUCCCCGCCUACAAUUACCGCCAAAAAAAAUCCGACCCUCGCACGAAAACGUCACGCCGGUCCCCUCAAUAAACGCAUUUUUAUUUCCACGUCCGCCAUUAAUUUAUCCACACGGAGAAAAUAUCGAAUAAAUAGUUUUUUUUGUGGCGGCUUUUUUUUUUUUCUUCCCCCAGAACAGACGGGCGGAGAAGUCUUUCCCUCAGCAGUCAUAGCAGCAGCAGCAGCAGCCGCCCCUGUGUAGUCGCCAUGUGUAAGAUGGCCGCCAUGCAGGAGGAGGAGGCGGUGGCGGCGGAGGAGAGCUGAGCUGGCGGCGGGAGCAGAAAUUCAUCAUGAACCUAACUUGAUACUACUGUACUACAGCAUUACAUCACAUGCUCAAGAGAAGUAAAUUUUAAGGCGCUGUUUGGAACGCAGAAGACGUUACCGACAGGUGGAUUGACACUUGAAGUUUCUAACAAACUCUCUAUAGCACUAUGGCAAGUAAACGGAAAACGAAAACUCCUUGCAUGGUCCUUGCAAGUGAGCACGAUACCGAUCUAGGAGUCAACUCUGAUGGAGAGGAAAGUCCACCUUUGCCUACUCCAGCGGAGCAACCCGUGCCAGAGAGCGCAGUGCCUGAGAGCAUAUCAAGCGAAGACGAUGCACUAGAACCCAAUGAUUCUGACAAUCAGCAGAAUAAAGCUGUAGAAGGUGGUUACGAAUGUAAAUACUGUUCAUUUCAGACAACUGACUUAAAUAUGUUUACCUUUCAUGUGGAUUCUGAGCAUCCCAACGUUGUAUUAAAUUCUUCCUAUUUUUGUGUGGAGUGUAAUUUUCUCACGAAACGUUACGAUUCACUUUCUGAGCACAACACGAAGUAUCAUCCCGGAGAGGAGAACUUUAAGUUGACUAUGGUUAAGCGCAAUAAUCAGUCAAUAUUUGAACAGACCGUUAAUGAUCUAACAUUCGAUGGGAGCUUCGUCCAAGAAGAAAACCAGGAACAAUCAGAGUCAAACUCGUCUGCGAUAUCCAUCAGUAAAACCCCAAUAAUGAAAAUAAUGAAGGAUAAGUCAGAGAAGAAACGAAUCAGUGUACAACAAAAUUCCUCCGAAGAUGGCACGGAAGAAAACGACUCGAUAACAGAGAAUGAGCCUAAGCCAAAAUCGCAAGAUACCAGAGAGUCAAAGCCAACUGUGGUCGCUCCUGAGCCUGUGAAACCGAGUGUUACGAUUGUGACAAGUGCCCAAGAAUUACCAAGUACUGUUCUUACUCCUGCGAAUGUUCUUCAACCAGGAGUGGCACAAGUGAUUACGACUGUACAGGCGCAGCAAAACAUCCUCUCGAAAGUCCUAAUCCCCAUCAAUAGCAUUCCUACAUACAAUGCUGCAUUAGACUGCAACCCUCUUUUGCUGAGUAACUACAAUAAGUUUCCAUACCCAACAGUUUCUGAGAUCACCCUCCUCGCUUCACAAUCUAAAUGCACAGAAGAACAAAUAAAAAUCUGGUUUUCUGCACAACGACUAAAGCAUGGUGUUAGCUGGACACCCGAAGAAGUAGAGGACGCUCGACGAAAGCAAUUUAAUGGCACUGUACACACGGUCCCACAGACAAUAACUGUUUUCCCAGCUCAGAUUUCUUCCGCUGCCAAUGGCUUGCCUUCCAUUUUACAGACGUGCCAAAUAGUUGGCCAGCCUAGCCUCGUACUUGCACAAGUAGGAGGAACGGGCACAAUACCCGUGACGACACCAAUAACAUUGACAGUGGCUGGUGUCCCAACUAACGCCCAACUCCACGCAAGCCACCUUCCCCAAAUGCAAGCAGUGUCUGAAACAAAGAGGAUUGCUGCCAUUCCCAGUGCGCAGUUACCCAAGCAGGAGCCUACCAUGAUAACAGAUAUGUUUGGUAUGCGCUCCAAGAAAACGAAAGCGCAGUUGACAGCCCUCAAAAUUAGCUAUCUAAAGAACCCGUUUCCAAAUAAUAGCGAAAUUGACCGUUUAAUACGUUUCACAGGAUUGACGAAAGGUGAAAUCAAGAAAUGGUUUAGCGAUACAAGAUACAACCAAAGAAAUUCCAAGGGGAGCCAUGGCAUCCAUUUCCCAAGUGAUUCUAGUGGAACUAUAAUUAUUGAUUCUAGCGAUGAAACCACUGAAUCCCCGACUCCUCCGGCAGUCCUGACUUCACAUCGUAGGCAAAACUGGAACGCCUUCCCAGAUUUCACCCCACAGAGAUUCAAAGAAAAGACAGUGGAACAGCUACAGAUUCUUGAGGAAAGCUUCCUUCGAAACGACGUACCUACAGAUGAGGAAUUGAGCCGGUUAAGGGUUCUUAGCAAACUGACAAGACGAGAAAUCGACGCUUGGUUCGCAGAAAGGAGGAGGACAGGUGGCGUAAAGGAUGAACCUGUACUUUUUGAUGAGGAGGAAGGAAUUAAAGAAGAAAUGGACCCUGAAAAUGCUUAUGUAAAAGCUGGGGCAGCUCUUGCUAGUAAACUAGGGAAAAAGACCCCAGAGCAGCUGCUUAUGCUUAAGACCUUCUUUGUUCGUAACCAGUGGCCUACAGGAGACGACUAUAAUAAGCUGUCGGUGGAGACUGGUCUUGCAAGAAGUGAUGUUGUUGGGUGGUUUGGAGACACCAGGUAUGCUGUUAAAAAUCAUCAUUUGAAGUGGUUCUACCGAUAUCAAGUAAACGGCAGCCUCUCCCCUAAUGCUGUUAAUGGACAGGGCUUUGUACGGAAGAGAGGGCGAGGCAGGCCUAGGGGUAGAGGAAGAGGGAGACCCAGAGGGCGCCCUAAAGGAUCCCGAAGAGCAAAUAGCUGGGAAAGGGCGCCAGCUCCAGUAAAACAGAAGACUGGAAAAGCGGUACUUAAAGACUACUACUUAAUGCACAAAUUUCUUAAUGAGGAAGACUUGGAUGAAUUGGUUGCAAAAUCUCAGCUGGGUUAUGAGCAGGUGAGGGAAUGGUUUGCAGAACGCCUUCAAAGAGAGGAUGCUGGUAUGGAUCCAUUUGAAAUUGAGGAGGAAGAUGAUCUUCUGGAUGAUCCGGAUGAGGAGGAAGAAAUUGACACUGAUGAGAGUGAUAACUGGGAACCACCGAAACAUCUUAAACGGAGACUUUCAAAAAUGGAAGACUGAAAUGAAGGAAAGUGACAUCAACGGAGGCGAGAACAGUGUUGCAGUGUCCAGUUUACUGUGAAAUACACGGAGAUCCUCUCUC